AUGGAUCAUCGAACCGAGGGCGAUCCGACGUGUCCUUUUUGCCCCUUCUCCGACACAGACAGUAAUUUUCUUGCCGAGCACGUGGAAGCCUGCCAUCCCGAUAAUGACACACGUACUAGUCAAGGAGAAGACUACCGGUAUGCGGACGGAACUUUUGCGAUGCAGCAGCAAGUAUCGCUGUCAAAUGCUAAAGAGGUCAUCCUGAGUAGGUAUAUGGAAUGCCCAUAUGGCUGUGGUGAGACUGUCAUGGAAGCGGAGCUGCCUGCUCACCUUGACUUACACGCCGCGGAAGAAAUUGCCCUUGGGGAGGCGCCAGCUCACUCACCAGUUCAGCCAUCAGAAAUCGCUAGACAUGCUCAUGAGCCAUUAAUCGGCAGCUCACCAUACCCCAAGCUUCCGCUUGAAAAAUUUGAGCCACGCACUGCGUCAAAACAUGGACAUGACAAGUAUCUCGCAGGGGAAAUCAAACGACUCGGGCGGUCCGAGUUAGGGCCUCAUGCGCACGAAAAGCAAAUGCCCUCCUGGCUGCGAAGAAUGCUUGAAAGGGGCCAGAAGUCGAUUUUUACAAAUACCCUUACUACCAAUGGUGCACUCCGAAGAACUGCAGCUUUCGAGAACGAAAUGACGGAUGUAACCCCUGUGCUCGCUCGGUUAUGUGGCCGAGAUAAGUCUGUUCAGCGCGCCUUUCUCUGUAGCUCCAUGGUCCAUCAGAUUUCGAAGGUUCCCAAGGAGGGUGGGUUUUGUGGUUACAGGAACAUCCAGAUGCUUAUCACUUAUAUUAAGAAUGCACGGCUCCCAGGGCAUGAGCGCUUCCCAGGGGACUUGCCCACGAUCCUGCAACUCCAGGAUAUGAUUGAGAACGCAUGGGAUCAAGGAUUCAACAGUGUAGGGAAAUUUGAAACUGGAGGCAUUCGAGGAACAAGAAAAUAUAUUGGCACACCUGAGGCUCAAGCGCUGUUCUCGAGCCUUGGAAUACACUGCGAAGCCAAUAGUAUCGGAUCUACGGAGAGCGUGCGAGCCCAUGAUGCAUUGCUCAUGAACGUUGCUUCUUAUUUUCGGGGCGCAUGCAGUCUGGAGAGCAGCGACAAGGUCAUUUCUACAAGCUUGGCUCCCAUCUAUUUUCAACACCAGGGACACUCUAUGACGAUUGUUGGGUUCGAAAUUCGUGACAAUGGAAGUGCGAACUUACUGGUUUUUGACCCGAUUUUCAAAGCACCUCUUGCAAUAAAACGACUCAAAGACACUCCAGGGUUGAGUCCAGAGCCUAUCCGGAUUCUCAAAGGAUACAGACGAGGGACAGAGUACCUACAAAAGUAUAACGUAUUCGAACUCCUCAAGUAA